GCGUACUGGGGCAAGGGCGGGACUCACCAGCCAAGGAGGAGUGAUCCUGGGAGGACAGGGAAGAGGUUGGCGGCCAUGUUGAUGUUGGUGGUAUCUCCACGGCCCCUAGCCCGACUCUUCCGGAACUGUUGGGAGCUACUGCAACGGAAAUUUCUGGAGAACAGGCCAGGUGUUCCCAGCCCUCCGUGGGAACCAGCAUUAGCUGUCCAAGGUUCAACUAUAUUUACAGAACCAGCAAAUGAUACUAAUGGAAGUAAGGAUAUUCCCAUCCUUUUGGAUAGUAUCUUUUGGAUGGCAGCACCCAAAAACAGACGCAGCAUUGAAGUUAACCGGUGUAGGAGAAGAAAUCCUCGGAAGCUUAUUAAAGUUAAGAACAACAUAGAUGUUUGUCCUGAAUGUGGUCACCUGAAACAGAAACAUGUCCUUUGUGGCUAUUGCUAUGAGAAGGUAUGCAAGGAAACUGCAGAAAUCAGGAGACAGAUGGGGAAAGAAGAAGGGGGCCCUUUUAAGGCUUCUACUGUAGAGACCAUUGUGCUGUACAUGGGAGAGACACCAUCUGAACAAGAUCGGGGCAAGAGGAUCAUUGAACAAGAAAAGAAGCGACCAUCCUGGUUCACCCAGAAUUGACAUCAGAGAUGUUUAAACACUAUAACUUGUCAUAAAACAUUUCUCCUGGAAAAGAGGAAGAUUCUUUGUUUUUAAUGUUUUGUGCCUAUUUUAAAAUUAUCAGCAUGGCUUAACAUUAUUCAUAAGCAGUUUUAUGUGGAUAAUUUGAAGAUAUAUCAAGAAUAAAAUCGGAAAAUGUUUAUGCAGAGGCUCAGUGGAUUUACAUGUCUUUGUAUUAUAAGGUUUUAAGUAUACAUUAAAUUUUCAGGACAAAGCAAUAAAAUAAUUUCAAAUUCAUACCAAAAA